AUGGAUGAUGACUUCUUAGACUUUGGGGAGUAUUUUGACAUGUGCUUGGAGAAAUUAGACAGGGUAUUAGCUAGAUGUGACGAAACUAAUAUCGUCCUAAACUGGGAAAUGAAGGAAGGUAUUGUGUUGGUCCAUAAUGUGUCAAAAAGAGAGCCGGAAGUUGAUCGUGCAAAAGUGGAAGUAAUUGAAAAGCUACCUCCUCCAAUUUUUGGUAAAAGAAAGGAGAUGAAAUUUGUGUUUGAUGAUAAAUGCAUCCAAGAUUUUGAAGCUUUGAAGAAGAAGCUAAUAGAAGCUCCAAUCCUAACUUUUCCAAACUGGGACCUUCAUUUGGAGCUGAUCUGUAUUGCAAGUGAUGUGGUUGUGGGAGCAGUGUUGGUUCAAAGGAAAGAGAAGGUUUUUCACUUCAUAUAUUAUGCAAGCAAAAAACUGGAUGGUUACCCUAACCAACUGCACAAUGACUGA